AUGUUUAAAAAAAGCAGGCAUUUGAAGAAUGUAUCGAAUGCUAUCAAAUCUGCAAGAGUUCAUGACGUCUCAAAUGGUAUUAACUCCAAACUUUUUGAUACGAAGAAAAUAUGCACAUACGGUAUUAAUGGACGAAUAACUGUUACCACAUUUGACUAUACUCAAAGCCUUUUGGCAGUUGCAACUACUGCUGGAGAGAUACACAUUUAUGGACAGAAGCAAAUCGAAGUCGUAUUUACGUUGAAGAACAGAACCCAAAUUAAACACAUGAACUUUGUUAAGGGGAUAUAUCUGAUAGCUGUAGAUGAAAAGAGCAACAUAAUAGUUCUUUCAUUACACUCGAAACAGAUUUUAACCACUGUUUUUUGCCCAAGCAGUAUUACUUGUAUAGAGACCGAUCCAUCUUUGGACUGGAUGCUGAUCGGUCUUGAGAGUGGAUCCAUAUUGAUAUAUGACGUAGAUAGAAAUCAAAUGUCCAAAUUGAGAAUUGAAAACUUCCAGAAAAGCAUGUUUCUGCCAAAAGAGAGACUAUCGCCGGUUAUUUCUAUCCAGUGGAAUCCUAGAGAUAUAGGAACGAUACUUAUAUCAUAUGAGCAUAUUACAGUCAUAUAUUCUUUCGUAGAAUCUAAAGUCAAACAACAUUUUUUUUAUCAAUUAGAGCCGUAUGCUCCUGGCGGUGAUCUAUCCACUAGUAUAGAAAAGAAAAGGACUCCAAAGGUUAUUCAAUCACUUUAUCACCCAAAUUCCUUACAUAUAUUAACUGUCCAUGAGGACAAUUCCUUGGUAUUUUGGGAUGUCAAUAGCGGUAAACUGAUUCAAGCUAGAAGCAUAUUUGAAACACACGUAAACUUUCCAAAUCCUGCCUUGAAAGAUUGUUCCUUGACAGAAACGCCUGCUAUCUUCAAAGUGGCUUGGAUUUGCCAACGUAAUCCUGAGUAUACAUCACUGUUGAUUGCAACAAAGGCCACAGAUAAGCCCGGGUUACCACAGGAGCUAACAAUGAUUGACCUAGGUGGUACGCCCAUGUAUUCUGUCACAUCAUUUGACGCAAUGAGCAAGUAUUACGCCAAGCCGAUACAACAAAAACUAUUCUCGUUGGUCGGGAAGGCUCCACUUAUAAAUUUUUUGCCCUUGCCGAAGGCUUCUCCAUAUUUUGGUGGAUGCCAUGACACAAACCUCAUUUUGUUACUUUUAGACGAUGGCGAACUUGAAACAUUGGUUUAUCCAGCAGGCUCUUUUAGUUCCAGGGCGUCAAUUUUCCCUCGAAGCUUGGCAUGGGUCAGACCAACAGUUACUACUUGUAUAGCGCAAUCAGUUCAAAAAAAACUUUGGCUGGGGAUGAUGACAAUCGCCCAAAGCGAUUCAUUUCUCAAAGGUGGUAUUCCCGCUAGCAGAAAUAUUAGAAGCCAUGACACUAGAUCUGCUUUACUAACUGGCCAUAGCAAUGGUUCGGUUAGAAUAUGGGAUGCUUCACAUAGUGAAGUAACUGAUAAUGCUGUAUUUGAAGUGAAUACUGCUAAAGUGCUCAACAGAGCUACUAAUUUGGCUAUAAAAAAUAUCUCUUUUGCAUCGGAAACAUUGGAAUUAGCAGUAUCGUCUGAAGUUGGGGAUGUAAUUCUUUUCAAGUUCGAGACAAACAAGUUUUGCGGACAACCACCUAGAAGCGAUACACUACAACUGAAGUUUAGCAGAUUCUCACUGGAUGAUUCAAAUACUAUUUUAGUUGAUGUUACCGAUAGAGGUCCUACCAACGUUAAACAAGGCUUUAUGCCAAGCACAGUAAUCCAUGCUAAAAAAGGUACGGUGUCCACAAUCAUGAAUAGUAACGUUGGGUUUGUUGUCGUUGGUUACAAUGAAGGAACCUUAAUAAUACUAGACAGAAGAGGUCCAGCGAUAAUCUUCAAUGAAAACAUUAGAGUUAUUUCUAAAGCUGGCAGUUCUUACGUUUCAACUGUUCACUUUUGCGUCAUGGAAUAUGGAAAUGAUGGAUUCUCUAGUAUUUUAAUGCUAUGUGGGACCGAUAUCGGGGAACUGCUGACUUUUAAAAUACUACCAGGAACUGGUGGAAGAUUUGAGGUUGAAUACACAGAUGCAACAAAAUCCAAUAAUCAAGGAAAAAUUUUAGAAAUAAAUUCUUUUGCCAGAGAUACUGGCUACAGUUGUUCUGCUACUAUUGCAAAAAUGCAAGAUUUAAGUAAGGGGAUCGCAACACCUGGAUUUGUUACAGUCAGUGGCUCAAAUGACAUUCGUUUAGUAUCACCAGGCAGAUCUAAGGACACUCAUGCGCUUUUCAAGUGUCCAAUUGCCGCUAGUGGGUUGUCAUUUAUUCCCAUCAUGAGCAGUAAAGGGGAAAGAAAGCUUUCAACCAUUAUGAUCGCUUUGCUAAUUAAUGGGGAUAUUAGAAUUAUGACGGUGCCUGAGCUUAAGGAAAUCAAAAAUUUACGUUGCCCAAUUCCUAUAAACACGCAAUACGUUGAAAAUUCAUCUGUAUUAGAAAAUGGUGACAUUGUAAUUCGCAGUGGAAAAUUUCAAGCGUCCUUGAUUUCAGUAAUUAAUGAAGUUGUCACCGGAACGAAUCACAAUGCUGGCAUAUCACAGCCAGCCCCUAUUGAUACCUUGUACAAUUCUGAUUUAAAAAUUGGUUACAGGCCUCAAGUGAACUCUUUACAGUGGGCUAGAGGCACUAUUUAUUGCACACCAUAUCAACUCGAUGAGCUACUUGGCGGUAUAGAAAGGCCCGAGUCGAAGUAUGAAGAAAGUGCCAUUGCUCGUGGAAACACAUCUUCCUGUAGAAAUAAUACAGACGGAAAGUUAUCUCCCGGUAUAGGGGAACACAGGUACACCAGACCUGUAAGAAGCUCUGGAAGAAGUGGUGGCUAUGGUAUCCUUAAAAGUGUCUCUAGGGCGGUUGAAACUCGCUUAGAUACGGUAGAAACUACUAUUAAUGACUAUGCAACCACGAUGGGACAAACUAUGAAUGAUGCCAUGGAAGAAACAGGAAGAGACAUGAUGAAGAGCGCUGUAGGUUUUUAG